CGGGUCGUUAGGGGCGUGGUGAAGCAUCUCAGCGUCAAACAAGCAUUCAUUCCAGUAUAGUCGAGAGGGAGACAUUUUCGCCGAUUGAAUACGAUGCAGCGUCAAUCAAGUUUUGAAGAGUCCGGUGGAGAAGAAUCGUUGGUUUCCGACGUUUCAGGCUAUCAUAUCCCAAGCCUCCAAUGGAGCCUCCCCCAGAGAAUGCUGAUGCAUGUGUACGAAAGCUCAGGGAUUGCGACCGCACGAAGUUUGGCAUUCUGGGAAAAAUUCCUCGAGCUUAAUCCGGACAUUGAACUGAGAGCUCAAGAUCUGCGCAUGCAGUUUUUUGGUGAUGUGCUCCAUGAAGCAAAGCACUAUGAAGAGUUGCCCAGCACCGUAAUCGGCUAUAUAAAUCCGAUGUUCAAUGAAAUUCCCCUGGAAGCGCUGGAGUUUGGCGAUUUGACCGAGGGUGAAGAUUUUAUGGUGAAUGUUCUCGUUAGUGACAUACCUGCAGGAUUAGGACUAGAAGAACUCGUUAACAACAUCAACGUUCCACCCUCAGCUGCUCGCAAAAUUCCCUUGGCACCAAUGAAUUUGGACUUAGCAAAAGCACCUCGCCCGACUGUUGCUACCGCUACCGCAGAGGACGAUUUGUACAAGGGAUUUUCACGUCUUCUAAGUGAACUCGUUUGGACCAAUGAGGAGACAGUCGAGAAACCAAUUCUCUCGCCCCUGGAAUUACGCGAAAGAGUUUCGGCCCUCACCAAGGCUGGGAUAGCUCUAUCCGACUUGGUAGGACUGCAGAUGGAUUCCUUUCAGCCGCCAGUUGUCCAAAUCGAGGAGAACCAAUUGGGUCCUACGACAUCAUCACGAACCCCUACACCAGCCAAGCGGUACAAAUCGUUCGAUGAUUCUGGUUUGGGACUAUCGCCGAGGAAACGAGCCCGUUUGCUAACACCCUCCACAUUGACCAUCCGAAAGCAGAAGCUGAAACGCAACGCUUCAGCUCCUACCGAGAAUUGAAAGCCGUGCUCUGCAAAUCGUUCUUUAGCUUUGAUAGUUUUGUAUUUCGAUUCGUUUCAG